CACAAUGCACCCGUGCAACAUGGCGGCCUUUUGAAAGUUUUUCACGAAGUUUCCCAAUAUUAUCAUAGUUCGCGGCCUAUUCCACCUGUCUAACUUCACAACAUUACCGCUAAGAGAUAAAGACACAACCAUGGCAUCAUUACGAGAGCGUGCCAUCAGCCAGAACACGCUGGUGUGCCUGCUACAGGCGAUACAAGGCCACGAGACCACGGUGGAACUCCGUGACGAAGCUUCCGUGUACGGGCUGAUCGUGAAUGUGGACGCCUUUAUGAACACCACCAUGAAAUACUGUACCUACACGGACCGCAGGGGGAAGACUGUGCAGUUUGAUGACUUCUACGUGCAGGGAAGGAACAUCAGGUUUGUCCAGAUUCCUGAUGCUGUGAACAUGAUGGAGGCCAUCGAGCACCAGCUGGGGUCUAUCGAGCGCCGGCGGACCGUGCACAGUCAGGAGAGGAAGAAGAUGAUGGAACUCCGAGAGGCCAGGAGGAGAAAGAGGGAAGCAAAGGCCAAGAAGACAUGAUUCCUUUUUCUGUAUUCUGUUAUCUAUGGGUCAUGACAUUAUUUGCAUAAAACAGGAAAAAAGAACAGACUUUUUUUAAGGAAAAAAAAGUAAAGCAGUCACCCUCAACUGAGGUACAAUACAUAUAUUGCAAAGCAUACUGGUUCACCCCUAUCCUUCUCAAUAAGUGGGUUCUUUUACAUGCAUAGGUUUGGUGCUAUGUCUUCUUCUUUGGCAGUUCAGUCUGCAAUAGAAGCCAACACAAUUCCAUAAUAACUGUCAUGUUGUUUUUUCAUUACACCCAUUGGUGCUAUGUAAAUACUGUUUAACAAAUACAAGAAAACUGUUGCACUCACUGUCAUCUGUGUCCUUCAUCUUCAUUUACUUUCAUUUGAGGCAGCCACCUGCAACUUAUUUA